CACGCUCGGACGUGCCCGCGCGAUUUGAACUUAGUCUGGCGGAAGUGUGGGAAGAAGUGGGCGGGGAUGGAGGGGAUCCUGAGGAAUAAUGAAAAUAAUAACAACACGGAGGAAUAUUAAGCCGUCUUCUUAUAGUUCCUGAUUGUCAUCGGGCCGGCAGAGAUCUCGUGCUGUGCAUCUUUUUCAGCUGCUAUGACUGCUGCAGCAGCCCCUGAAGAGGGCAAUGUGUCUGUUGUGGUUCGGGUUCGCCCCCCCAACACACGGGAAGAAGAAGGGAACCAGUAUCCCGUUGUACAAGUAGUGGACCACAACAUUCUAAUAUUUGACCCAGAUGACGCUGAGACAUCAAAUGUCUUUUCUGGUUUGCGAGGUCACGAAGGAAACAGACGCAAAGGCAAAGACCUGAAGUUCAUUUUUGACCGUGUUUUUGGCGAGGAUAGCACGCAACAAGAGGUCUUUGAGCACACGACUAAGCCGAUUAUUGAUGGUGUAUUGAAUGGCUACAAUUGCUCCGUGUUUGCAUAUGGAGCUACAGGUGCCGGGAAAACGCACACAAUGUUGGGAAGUGCAACUGAUCCGGGAGUGAUGUAUCUAACCAUGGUGGAGCUUUACCAGCGUAUUGAAGCUAUCAAAGAAGAGAAGUCAUGUGAAGUAGGCAUCUCUUAUCUUGAGGUGUACAAUGAACAGAUUCAGGAUUUGUUGGAACCCAAAGGUUCUCUUGCAAUCAGAGAAGAUCCUCAAAAGGGAGUUGUCGUUCAGGGUAUCUCUUUUCAUCAACCCAAAUCUGCAGAACAGCUACUCCAAAUGUUGGCAAAUGGGAACCUUAACCGCACUCAGCAUCCAACAGAUGCCAACGCUUCAUCGUCUCGAUCACAUGCUGUUUUUCAGAUCUAUGUAAAACAACAAGACCGCACAGCAAGCAUCAGUCAGGACAUCCGCAUUGCUAAGAUGAGCCUUAUUGACCUGGCUGGAUCUGAAAGAGCUUCUUCCACAAAUGCCAAAGGAGAGCGCCUCAGGGAAGGUGCCAACAUCAAUCGUUCUCUUCUCGCUCUCAUAAACGUCAUUAAUGCGCUAGCUGAUGCCAAGAGCAAAAAGGCUCACAUUCCCUACAGAGACAGUAAACUGACGCGGCUCCUUAAAGACUCCAUUGGAGGAAACUGCAGGACGGUCAUGAUUGCUGCUAUCAGCCCAUCAUCUCUGGGUUAUGAUGAUACUUACAAUACACUUAAAUAUGCCAAUCGUGCCAAAGAUAUUAAACUUUCGAUGAAGAGCAACGUGAUCAACCUAGACUGCCAUAUUGGCAAAUAUGCAGCAGUGUGCGAGGAGCUGAAAGCCGAGGUGGCUGAACUUAGAGCUAAACUACAAUUUUAUGAGAAUAAGGAGUCCACACUGGAGCAAACCGAUUCGUUACCUUUGUGUGAGAGCCCUGAGCGGAGGACGUCCUCAUCCAGUUGCAACAGCCUAGAUAAGCCCUUGGACACUUCCAGUCCUGAGCAAGGCACCAAGACUCAUCUACAGUCAUUGAACCGGCUGAGUUCUGGGCACCUAAAUCACAAGCAGCCUUCUAAGAAGAACAGAGAGAAAGAGGGUUCUCUAUCGAACAGUUUUGAAAGGGAAUCAGGAGAAGAGAACAGCCUGAGUAUAUUAAGUGCUCCACAAAACUACAGCACCAACAAGCUGGUUAGUGCUCUCCUCCGCAUCGUGCAGAAGCAAUAUGCAAUUCUAAAACUAGCUAAUCUUCACACACCAGAGAUAGAUGCUGAAGUACAAGCAGUGGAGCUGCUGGCACAGGGAAGCCACAACACCCCUAAUACGAGUCAGGAUGGGUCAGGCUCUGAUAAAGGAGAGAAGACUGAAGUUAGUGAGGCCAAUACCAGUAAGAGCAUGAAAGGAGAAGACGGUCAACUGUCAUCAAUGGAAGAUAUUAUUACAGAUUUUCAAGAGGAGGAGCCUAUAACCCAAGCCCCACCUUCCAAGAAAAGAAAGCCACUAAAACGCUGCAGGAGAGAGCUUCUGCCAGAUAUCAGCCCCAGCCUUCGUAGUCCAGUAGUGCCAGUAAAGAGAAGAAGGCAAGCUAACACACCAUGUAAAGCAGAAGAAGUCAUUCCUAACACCCCAGAGGUCCAUGUCAAGAGGCCCAGAAAAUCUUCCAUUCCCAGCCGACCAAACCUGCGUUCUGCCGUGAAUCUCUUUUCUCACAAAAGCACCGAAUCAUCUGCUUUUUCUCAUCCACCAAAACGAUUUUCUCUGUGCACUCCCAAGAAGGUCGCAAAGACGGCAUCAAACCCAAUAUCUCAGACUGUGACAAAAAGCAGAUUCCCGCUGGGGACCUCUGCUCUCCAGAACAAUGCCUCUCUCCUGGCUCCAGCUGUCAGGGACAUGAAUACCACAUUUGACCUUUCAGAGGAGGCCUGGCUGAUGUCAGAAAUGGACAAAACUGUCACUUUUGGUUCCUCUGAUUAUCCUGGCUGGGAAAAUGUGGGUGUACCACAGAUUGAUUGCACUUUCGUAAAAAGUUCCGUGGUUCCUGUAUUCACCACAAGUGGCCUUUCUGAGAGGGUUCCAAAUACUGCUUCAGUUACCAAAUCUACAAAAGCCUACUCUCAGCGCAGAAGACGCUCUAUAAGUUCAUCCUCAUCACGUGUGGGAAGUGGUACAGCCAGCCAAAGCAGAAUUGGCAGGUUACAGCUCAGCACAGCAAAAAAGCUACAGCGUCCACCUACCAUUUCAGAAAACAAUCCCAGCAGCCCGAGGGGGCAGAGCACGAAGAAGACAGGAAGAGGGACAAUGGUAACUGGCAGGUCAUUUGGAGGAGCUCCGGUCACCCAAUUAAUGCGUCUUGCAGCAACCAAGUCUUGACGUGGCUCCAGGUACCUUGGUGCUUGGACUUUUCUCUCUGCCACCGUCUUCAGUUCUAAACCCACCCACCUGGAGCUGGAUCUUCAUAUCUUCCUGCAGGAUCACUUGUACUCUAUAUUGACGUUCAUGCUGACAUUUUCUGUAAAAUUUUGUAGUAGUAUAUAUAAUGCACUGUUAUUACAUUAAUGGCAGUAUAGUCCGUACAUUCCUGACUGGACAAAAUUACGUUUUGUUUGCUUGGCAGGGUUUUGCUUUUAUGAGAAGUGUGAAUCUGGUCCAUUUACCCACCAGUGUUUCCCCAAUGGGAACCUCAGAACUACAGACAGUAAAGCCAAAUUAGUCACAAUUUUUUCUCUUUAAGUCCUCAAUUGCUGUACAUUUUUAUUUGUAACUGAUUUUUAAUUUUUUAAAUGCUUUUAAAUACUGGCUUGCCAUUAGUGGAAAUAUCCUCCUUGCCCUCUGCUGGCAUAGAUGAGUACAACAAAACCCCUCAACCCAGUGUCCUUUCACAGCUUUAUGAUGCUGAGUAAUCCAUGCCCAUUGUGCCAUUCCUAUGAGACCCCCCUUCUCACGGGUGGAUAGAAUUCAGCUUUUAGCUGCGGAUAGAUAGUUAUCUACCACAGCUAAACUUACACAAUGCUUUCCUAUGACCCCAUUCACGCACUGCAUUUAGUAACGGUUUUGUUACAUGGGGUUUGGUGCUGUUAGAAAAAACACAUUUUGACGGCGUCCAGGACCGAUUUAUUGCAGCUAUCUGUACAGAACUGCAUGUAAUCGCAGUGUACUAUUUCACCUGCAGAUAGCAGCAAAGAAAGUAAAAUAGGAAGCACAUCAGAAAUGGCAAGAAUGUUCCAAUGCAGCCGCAUGUAAUCGCAAUGUACAACUGCAAGUGAUCGCUGUGCCUUGAGUCUUGGAAUUUUAAAAUAACAAAACCUGCUUUUAACAGCAGAACAGCCGCCCGUGUGAAAGGGGCCUAAGAAAAAAAAAAAAAGAAAGGGGCCUAAGAGAAAUGUGGGGGUGGGGGGGUAUCUCUGACUGAACAUGUAUUUCUGUGACUUCACUUGAGCAAGAAAACUGAACUCCAGACAGAUAUAACGUACAUAGGUUAGUGCAGCUUUAUAUUCAUUACUACAUAAUUAUAUUUUUAUUUAUUUUAUAUCUUUUUUUUUUUUCAAACAGUAACCUCCCUGAAUUUAACAUAAUAUCAGCCUCUUGCAAUCCCCUGUACAGUAAAGCUCAGACUGGAAGAGAAAGAAGCUGCACAAUUUGCCAAUAACUUUUUAGCUGUUGUGGUUAUGAGCCAAUGAAGAGCAUGCUGAUAGGAGGAGAAAAAGUGACAGAUGAGCUCAUCAGUUUGCUGCUUCUCCUUACAAUGUAGUCAUAGUGUGAGGAGGGGGAAGGCCUGAAAGUGUCGCCAAAUUGCAAAAGAGAAAAAUGAGUUUGCCUGUCCAGCCAGGCAGGUCUAUGCUGUGAGAUA